CGGACAAGGACGCAAGACGCAAGGACGUCGAAAGAAAACAACAAAAACGUUAGCCAUGGCGUUGCCGCAGCACCAGCUGGAAAUGCGUGCGCGCGUUCAAACGUUCCAUAUAUCAGAGCAUGGAGAUGAAUCUGUUCUAAAAUAGGCUAAAUGAUCGGUUAGAGCACACGGCCCAGCCCAGUGACAAGUCCAUGCUUCGCGUACUACGUCGCACUGCAAAAGAAUGGGCAGCGCUGCAGAGUACCCCAAGUGUUUCUUCCUUUUCAUGUUCAUUCUGUUCAGAGUCGGCGGUUCUUUUUUUGUGAGGACCUCUUUUGUGCCGGACGAAUACUGGCAGUCCCUGGAAGUGGCACACAAAUUCGUCUUUGGGUACGGCUACCUGACCUGGGAAUGGAAGCACGCCAUUCGUAGCUCCAUCUACCCAAUGUUCAUCUCUGCCCAGUACACGCUGCUCAAGUUUCUCAAGAUCGACACUGUUUUCAUGGUGACCAUGUUGCCACGGCUGGUGCAAGCCCUGCUGUCGGCCCUGGGGGACUGCUGGACGGUGGAGCUUUCUCGGAGGUUGUUUGGCCAGGAGAGUUCGUGCUGGACGGCCUUCUCCCUGCUCUGCUCCUGGUUUCUGCACUACACGGCCUCCCGGACCCUCACCAAUGUGGCAGAGCAGGUGGCCACCGCCGGCGCCCUCGCCCUCUACCCCUGGAGGGGACAGAAGCAGCCCAGCACUUCGUGGGGCUACCUGUGGCCAGUUGGACUGGCGGUGAUGAUCCGGCCGACCGCCCUGGCGCUGUGGUUACCGCUCGUACUGCUGCACUUCGCCAAGGAGUCACACUCCAGGACCUACCUUUUCAAGAGGCUCCUGUUCACCAGCGCCACGUGCCUGGCGACGCUGUUGCUGUGCGACCGGUGGUUUUACGGCCGCUGGGUGUGCACCCCGUGGAACUUUGUGCGCCUCAACCUGGUGGCGGACAUUGGGUCCCACUAUGGCAGCCACCCGUGGCAUUGGUACUUUAGCCAGGGGCUCCCGGCGGUGCUGGCCCUCCAGCUGGUGCCCUUCUUCCUGGGCAUCCGCAUCGGGCGCUGCCGCCUGCUCGUCGCCAUAGUCUUCUGGCACAUGCUCGUGCUCAGCUUUGUGAGCCACAAGGAGUUCCGGUUCCUGCUGCCCGCCUUCCCGCUGGCCAUGGUGGUGUGUGGGGCGGGCAUGGCGCGCCUCCCGCGCCUCUGGGCCCUGGGCCUGGCGACGGUGCUGGCGGUGUCCUUCUUCCCUCCGGCCGUCUACCUGGGCGUCUACCACCAGAAGGGGGCUCUGGAGGUGGUGGACUUCCUCGGGACGGAGCUGGAGGCCAACCCCAAGGCCGACGUGCUCUUCCUCAUGCCCUGCCACUCCACCCCCUACUACAGUCACAUCCACCGCAGGGUCAAGAUGCGUUUCCUGAAGUGCGAGCCCAACAUCCGCCGCCGCAGGAACCACGUGGACGAAGCCAAGGAGUUCUUCCUCAACCCGACGGGGGCCGUAGAGACCAUCAUGAUGAACGGAAUGCCCACCUACAUUGUGUUCUACAACAACAUCUACAAGCACAUGCUCAACUUUGUGGUUGACCACGACUACAACUACCUCAAAGGCUUCACGCACACACACUUUCCGACCACGACUGUCGGCAAAGAAAUCUGGGUCUACAAACACUUAUGAACUGCUCCUUUGUUUUGGUGCGUGUCUGUUUGACUGGGAUACACCGUGUCGACAUGUUCCCUGGUUUUUGUGGGCUCGUGGAAAGUCUCUCGUAAGUGUUUGUGAACAUAGUCGACUUUCUCUGUGUGUGUGUACAUUUCUUGUUAUUUCGUGCUGUUCUAGUCUUUUUUUUUUUUUUGGUUUGGUGGGCAGCAACUUGACAUGAAAGCAGACGGAUUUGUCAAGUGAGGCCAUGUUUGAAACAUUCCUUGCGGGAUAUUUUUUUGGUAAUAAAGUGCCUUUACGGAAAAGUGUCUGAA